GAAGCCCAGAGUCGUUAGACAGAGGAGCUGAUGAACAGGGUACGCCUGACUCACACUAACGGUUGCAUAAGAAACAUUAUUUCCUACUUCUGCACACCAAGUUUCUACCUUCAGAUCUCUUUGGUUCAGUUGCUGAGAAGCCGGACCCUCUAGUGCCACUUGGGAGAAGCCAUCCACCGGACGGAGAAAGAUGGGUGACAACAGCACGUUUCUCCAGGCCAGCCACAACAUGCCGUCCACAUCGCAUUCUCUGUUUACAACCAACAUCCAGGGCAGCGAUGAAGAACCCACCACCAUUUAUGACUAUGAUUACAGCGCGCCCUGUCAGAAGGCCAAUGUGAAGCAAAUCGCAGCCGGGCUCCUGCCUCCGCUCUACUCGCUGGUGUUCAUCUUUGGCUUCGUGGGCAACAUGCUGGUCGCCCUCAUCCUCAUCAACUGCAAGAGGCUGAAGAGCAUGACGGACAUCUACCUGCUCAAUUUGGCCAUCUCCGACCUGCUCUUCCUUCUCACCAUCCCGUUCUGGGCCCACUACGCUGCAGACCAGUGGGUCUUUGGAAAUAGGAUGUGUCAGCUUUUGACAGGGCUCUAUUAUAUAGGCUUCUUCACUGGCAUCUUCUUCAUCAUCCUCCUGACCAUCGACAGGUACCUGGCAAUUGUCCACGCGGUGUUUGCCGUAAAGGUCCGGACGGUCACCUUUGGGGUGGUGACAAGCGGGGUCACCUGGGUGGUGUCCAUGUUCGCCUCUCUCCCCGGGAUCGUCUUCGCGAGAGUGGAAAAGGAAGAAGAUUUUAUGUCCUGCAGUUCUCACUUUUCAAAAACAUGGAAGAGUUUCCAUACAAUAAUGAGGAGCAUCUUGGGCCUGGUCCUGCCCCUGCUUGUCAUGGUCAUCUGCUAUUCGGCCAUCCUCAAGACCCUGCUCCGGUGCCGAAACGAAAAGAAGAGGCACAAGGCCGUGAGGCUCAUUUUUGUGAUCAUGAUUGUUUACUUUCUUUUCUGGGCUCCCAACAACAUCGUGCUUCUCCUGAGCACCUUCCAGGAGUCCUUUAAUGUGAGCAACUGUCAGAGCACCAGUCAGCUGGACCAGAUCAUGCAGGUGACAGAGACCCUUGGGAUGACACACUGUUGCGUCAACCCCAUCAUCUACGCCUUCGUCGGGGAGAAGUUCAGAAGGUAUCUCUCCACAUUCUUCCGAAAGCACAUCGCCAAACACCUCUGCAAACAGUGCCCAAUCUUCUAUGGGGAGACCGCGGAUCGAGUGAGUUCCACAUACACACCUUCCACAGGGGAGCAGGAGGUCUCAGUUGGUUUGUAAAUGAGUAGCAGUUUGCUUCUUACUUUUAAGAGGGGACAGCAAUCUGUAUGUGAUAAUAAAGCCUCAAGGGUCUGUUGCAGAAGGGAGGCCUGUGAGCUUCUGAGGCAAUAGCACGCUCAGGAACCUCAGGGUCGUGCGCACCAAGACAGAUUUUGUUCCUCCCUACGUGACCAAGGCGCACUCAGGGGAUAGUCCAGAACAACUGUGGGUAGAGACUGUGACUUCUCCAACGAGCUCCUCCCAGUUCCUGGAAAACGCCAUACCUGGAAAAUGCUUAUGUGCUUCUCCCGGCCUUCACCUUCUCUUCACUGGCUCUGCAAUGCUGUCUAUCCCUUUGGUCAGGGGUCCAGCUGGAGGUGGGGAGGGGGGCAAGUGGGCAUGGGUGGAUGGCGUGAGGGCGCAUGGGGUCAGUGUCGAGUGCCAGGAGGUGUGGGCAUGGCUGAGCCUGGGUGAGGAGGAUGGGAAGGGCUUCGUUGGUCCAGCCAGACAGCAGUGCCGCCCCCAGGCCCUGUUUCCCACCCAUAUUAACCUGGAAGGCCCCACCUGCUCAGGGAGAGCAUGGGAACGCCAAGAACCCUCUGAGAGCUUCAUUUGGGUCCAAUCAUCCUCUUCUGUGUAAGUACAUGACACAUUUUUGCUUUGUUGCCAUUUAUCUGUGACAACCACGCAGUCUACUUUUGCAAUCUAUUAAAUAUCAUGCCCCAUUUUUCACAUGCGUCGUAAGCCACGUGCCCCUAUGUAAAAAUGUAUGAACGUGUUUGUUUAUAAAAUCUAUGUAGUCUAUAAUGAGAUGAAAAAUAAAAGCCCUCGUUUGGGCUGUGCAGGGAAAGGGGAGGUUUGCAGGUAGUGAUGGGGAGAAGGCGUGAAGGUGGAUGACUUCCUGCAUCUGGAACUGUAGCAAGAGCUCUGGAGGCUGUGUGAGCACACACACCGCCCCGCAACCCCCUGCAGCAAUGUUUCCAGAAUCAGCUAGGAAAGGCCAGGAAGGAUGCAUCCGAACCCGUAGAGGCCUCAGGUCUUUGGAUCUGACUGUGUUUAUCUUCUUGUUACCUGUCCCUGCUGCCCUGGCCCCAUCUGCGCUCCCCACCCCCUGAGACUUCAUCACAUCACUCUUGCCCGAAGGAUUGCCCUGCCCCAGAGCCAGCUCGAGGAGGUCCAGGAGAGUGGCCUUGGGGAGUAGAAAACGAUGCAGCCAGAACCCCUCCAUGGGCCCGGGAGAGGGGGAAAAACCGGUGGGGGCCCUGGGGUGUGUCACCGGGGCAGAGAAGGAGCCGGCAAAGAUGACAGAGGCCCCCGCCUUGGAAGUCAUACCCUAGCCUGUGAAUCUCGGGGUCUAAUCAGCCAGAUGGGGCGGACCUACACGAGGAAGACUCUAGAUGGGGUUGGGGUAAAAUGUUUUCCAAACUACCUUCCAGCACCUCAUUUUUGGAUCCAGGCAUAGAGUUCGCAUAUGUAAUAAUAAUAAUAAUAAAGUAAAAAUAAAAGUAAAGCUGAAACUGUAACUUGCAAAUGGGGCAGAGUAUCAUUUUAAGAGUUGCUAUUAUGUCAAGCCUGAAAAUACCGUAUUAAUCCCAGAGAGAAUUCUGGUUUUGAGCUUAGAAAGUUGGAGCCUGUGGUAUGUUUGGGAGACUACCAAUUCAACAUGAAUAGUUGUUGAUCAGGGAGUCCAGGGUCUGGUCUACGGGCUUACUAGCUCAUGGCGAUGCGGCGUCUAACUCGUACCAUUUGGAUCAUAGCCCACGCUGCACAGAUGGGAUCUCGACAGGGUCUUUAUUCUCCCAGCCUUACGGCCACAAAUCCUUCGUAUCAUUAUGAAGUCUAGGAGGUCAUGGGUUUGAUCGUGUUCAAAUGCUUCUGUGCUCUGCCAAUGUCAUUCAUGUUCAAACUGUCCAAUUUGGAGUGGGAACUCCUAAAUCACACUGACCCCUAAUCGAAUUUUUAAACCCGAUUUGUAAAGGGGAGGAGUUGGCUCACUUAAGUCAGCAAAGACUCUUAUCUUGGGUGAGCCAAGUUAAGAAGGUACACCUGGGUGACCCAGUGCAUUUCUGAUCUGACACAAGCAGGAAAGACAGGGCUUCUGGAACCUGGCAGCUCGAGAGCUGUAAGCGACGAUGGUUUUCCUUUCCUGCUUCACGGCUGGAGAAGGUUUCAGAAAGAAGUGUGUGUGUUUGGGGUGGGGAGAGCAGGCUUUGCCUUCCGGUAUUUGUAGUAUCCUCAUGAAUGCAUGAAAUUUUGUUUGGAUGAUGAAGUGUAAAUACUGGGGUUUUUUUUAAGCUAUGAUUCGGAAAAUGAGUUAAUGCUCUAACUACACUGUUGUUUACAAAACUACCUGAUUAGCGACUCCGCAUUUUCUCCUACCCACCCCCCAACCCAGCCUCUGGCAACCACCAUUCUACUCUUUACAUCCAUGAUUCGGACUAUUUUAGGUACCUCGUGUAAGGGGAAUCAUGUAGCAUUUGUCCUUCUAUGACUGGUUUAUUUCACCCAGCCUAAUGUCGCAAGGCUCACCCAUGUUGCUGCAUAUGGCAGGACGUCCUUCCGUGUAAGGGCGAAUAAAAUACUCCAUUGCAUGUAUAUGCCGCAUUUUCUUUAUACCUUUAUCAAUGUGCAUAAAAUUUCAGUUAUACAAGAUGAGAAGUUCCAAACAUCUGCUUACAACAUUGUACCUGUUGAUACAAUACUGUAUGGUACAUUUAAAAAUCUGGGGCGCCUGGGUGGCUCAGACGGUUAAG